AUGGUGCCCUCCCCGAAGGUCCACGAUUGCAAGUUGCACAAAGAAUCGACCCGGUCGCAGUCUGAUGAGCUGCUGAGCGUCCUGCUGGCGGCGAGAGGCGUGCGGGCCCGCUCCGUCCACCAACAGCUCCCCGCCUUGUAUCUGCCCACCAUCUACCGCCUGCUGGCUGCUCUGAUGCAGUGCCUGAGCCUGGCCAGCCUCUGCAUAGCCGUUACCCUGGUCAAGUGGGUGGCCGUGGUUCAAUCCCCGUACACCAAGCAGCCGAAACGGUGGGUAAUGUACAAUUUCGGGGUGCCCGACGUGCUGGAAGUGGUCGAUGCACAGCAAAGCAACGGCACAGACAUUCGUAAGAGGACCUUCUCCCCAAACAGCCCCUGCUCCUGCGCCGUUUCAGGGUGGGUGGGGAUUCUGCACGAAGGGGGCCCAAAUCUAGUCCACUCCCCCUCGAACGUUCAUUUCUUUCCCGACAGUGAUUGCGUGCUGUGGCUUAUCGGCAUUUGUUUCGUGGGCAUGUCCUUGGGCUUCGUGGCUUUCCUCCUGGAUUUCAUAGAAAUUGAAAUCCUAGGCAAGCAUAGAAUGGCCGUUGCCACCUCCCUGCACAUUUUGUCAGGCAUCUUCCUUGUAAUCCUCCUUGGAAUCUGUUUCUGGUGUUUCGUGAAGGUUAACGAACGGAUCUACAGGGAUGAUCUGAAGAAAGCCGAGUUGCUCAGUUUCCUAGGAGAGAGUUUUUAUAUCGUCCUGCUGUCCCUUUUUUUCGUGAGCUUAGCUAGCACACUAAGCUUUCUGUCGAUGAAGCUGAACAGACAAGGAUCGCGUCAGCUCAGCUGA